AUGUAAAUUUGUUUAAAAUUGAAAUGUUAGAGUAAGAAAAUAAAUAAGAGAAAGAAAUUUAUAAUAAAAUUUGUUUCGUUUAAUUAAUACAGAGAGCUCUAUAAUAAAUCAAAAGUAGUCAAUGAAUAACUUUGGGAAAAAUUAAGAAAAGUGUGCUACUCUUGCUUAAUUUAAAGAAGAUUACACUAUAAUAGAGGUUUAUUGGGAAAAGUAAAUUUGCAAAAGUGUCUUAGACUAUAAAUAAAUUAACAAAGAAAUUUUGUGCAAUAAAAAGUAUUCAAAACUAAAAAUUCAGAAACGGACCGAAUUGCUUUAGUUAAAGUAAUGACUAUAAUGAGAAAGAUAAAUCACAAAGAUCUUAUUUAAAUACAUGAAGUUUAUGAAGGAAAAUACUUCAGGAUUCAGACAUAAUAGUCAAAUUAACUUUUGAAAAGGUUGAAGACUAUAAAUUUAAUGAGUGGGUUUUUGAUUUAAAGUAAAGAUACAAUGAAGUCGUAAUAGAUAAUGAUUAAUAAUUUCCAAUAGUACCAUUUAAAGAGAGAAAGUGAUGUCAUAAAGAUAUUUAAAAAAUCUUUAAAAAAUAGAAAAUGCUUUGGGAUUAGAAUAUAAAAUACAAUAAUUGAGAGACAUUGA